AUGCGGAAAUCUUGGGCAGCAGCAAAGGCAACGGAGGGAGUCUGCUACAAGUGGUCCCAAGGGAGUCCUUUAGGGUUCUGGGAAGAUGGGAAAACACCUAAGAUUUCUUAUUUAUUGAUUCCUGCAAGCGGAGACACCUUUGUCAACUUCUGUCACUGCAAGACUUCAUCUCAACGAUACAUCUGCGAUUUCCCGACAUCAAGCAAGAAGCCAGUCUUCCCUGCCGAGUUGACAUCGCGCCUCCUCAGCACAGAGUACUUCAACACCUGUCGCAGUCUUCAACAUUUGCUGCAGUUGCCUGACGCCUGCAACAUCAAUCAACACUGCCCUGCCAGUACCUCAAGAGCCAGACGCCCCCUGCUGAAGCCCACCGCUGACCUUGACUCUCGGAUCACCACGUCGCUGCCCUCGCCGCCGAUCCCUGGCGCGCCAAGCCUCGCUCGCCCCGUUAACGAGCCCAUCUCACGGACGUUCUCGCUGUCGCAUCACCUGCCGACACCUUCUGUCCCCCACUGCACAUCGCUGCAACUCCGGCCGUGUCCGCCGCCUCGUCCGCUGGUGAUCGCCGCCUGACGUCCUCGCCGCAUCUCGUCUCA